AGUUCAUCCAAACGGCCAAAACAAUUUUGCAUUUUUCUUUCCUUUUGUCUUUUUGUCCACCACCUCUUGUUUUCACUUCAAAUUCAAUCAAACCCAUUACGCCAUUAUCCAAAUCCCCUGUUCUCAACUCCACCAUUGCUUCCUCUGUGCCUUUUGUUUUUUUUGAUACUCUGCCGUCGAAUUCGAAGAUUCCACGAAGUUGGGUCAGAUUAGAUUCGGGGGUUCAUCGGUUUUCUUAUACUCUCAGUGGGUUGAAUCUUCUUUUGACUUAUUUUCCUUCCGUUUCUGUUGGGGUCAAACCAUUUCUGUGUUCUGGCUUCUCAAAGUGUAUAACCUAUUUCUUCUGCUUUUCCUUUUUUUGUUUCCGUUUGUGGGUUGAGGAGCUUGUGUGCUGGCCGCCAUGGGAGGAGCAGUGGGUGCUGAGUUUCAGGAUUGGGAGUUACUGCUCCAUGAUUUGAACUCCGAAACUGCCCUGACUGCGGCUGAGUUUUCUGGAGAGAAAUCGACCCAUUUUGGUGGAAUUGAAGGUGAGUCCGGUUCCGAUAGCAUAAUCAAAUCCGACUAUUUUUCUCUUGAUAAUCAGGGGGGGCGAGGGAAAACUGAACCUGAGCGUGAUCUUAGCGAAGAGGAGGGUUCAGUUGAAGCGGAUGAUCCGAGUUCGGAUAAUAGGUAUGAUCGGGUAAAUUCGGACGAAUCAUGGUCUGAUUCUAGUAUUGAUAGGUCGGAUGAGCGUAAAGCUAACGAACUCAAUUCAAAGACUGAGUCUAGAAUCGCAGAAUUUCUGCAAGGUGAUAAGGAAUUGAAUGGUAGUAUAGAGUCCCAUGAGGGCAACACCAGUGGUUCUGAUCCCAAUAUUGAAUUAGCUUUUGAAGAAUUGGAUGAAAUCCAACCCCAAAGCAAGGAUUUGAACAAUUUCUGGUGUGAGUCUAGUGGGGAUUUUGAUCUAAGUGGCUCAAAAGUAGUGAAAUUGGAAGAAGGGAAAGAGCAGUUGGAAGAGAGCAAGAAUGUCCAAGUUGAAGAAACAAAAGUCAAUACAGAAUCUGGGAGUGAGGUUGGAGAUAAGAGGAAAGUACUUUGGUGGAAGGUUCCGUUUGAGGUCUUUAAGUACUGCUUGUUUAAGGCAAGCCCUGUCUGGUCAUUCUCUGUAGCAGCUGCUUUGAUGGGUUUCAUUAUUCUAGGAAGGAAGCUCUAUAAGAUGAAGAGGAAGAGCCAGAGCUUGCACUUGAAGGUUAUCUUGGAUGAGAAGGUAAAUUCAGUAAGAAUACAUACGAAGGGAUCUUCUCCAUUCAUGAGCCGAGCUGCUCGUCUGAACGAAGCCUUUUCGGUUGUGAGGCGUGUUUCAAUUGUUCGACCUGCUCUUCCUGCUGCUGGGAUAAACCCAUGGCCUGCAAUGAGCUUGAGUUGAGGGUGCUCCCAUGCCCAACUGAUGCAGAUGAAGUUAAACCCAACAGUAUGUUCUUUUGUCUAUGUAUAUACAUAAAGAAUGUAGUAUUCUACAGGUUCCCACCCGAUUUCUACAUACUCUGAGUGAUGAUUUCUUUUUUGUUAUUCCUUUUCAUAUCGACAUUCACUAUCUUUGUCUUUUACACAAGAUUUUACUUUUUAAACUUCAUGAUAUUGUCAAUCCAUAAAACUUUCAAAUAAGUUAUUUGUUUUAUA